AUGGCAAUGACGGCUGGAUACAAAGGGUCACAUGACUGUGAAAAGAAUGAGCGUAGAAGUAUUCGCUACAGAUGCAGCCAGUUCCCCACUGUGCAGGAGGUGCUGCACCAAAGACCAGGCUGGGUGGAUGUCAAAGAUGAUGGAGAUUGGGACUUCAUCUGGUGUGACGUGGCCUGGCUCAGGGAGAAUUACACAAAUUCCUACAUGGAGGGGCAUGUAAGAAUAAACCAUUUUCCAAACCAUUAUGAGCUGACUCGCAAAGACAAGAUGGUUAAAAAUCUUAAGAGGUUUCAAAAAAGCCUACAAAAGGAGGAAGCAUCCAAGUGUGAUUUUUUCCCGUGCACAUUUUCACUCCCCAGUGAGUAUAAGCUCUUCGUAGAGGAGUUUAAACGAAACCCUGGCAGCAUCUGGAUCAUGAAACCGGUCGCAAAAUCUCAAGGCAAAGGAAUUUUCCUCUUCAGGAAACUGAAGGACAUCAUGGAUUGGAAGAAGAGUAAUGGCGUGCGUGCACAGGAUGCCCCGUGCUCAGAGGAACACAGGGAUCAGGUGGAAAGCUACGUGACUCAGCGCUACAUCGAGGAGCCAUACCUAAUUAAUGGCAGAAAAUUUGACCUGAGAGUCUACGUGCUGGUAACAUCAUUUUGUCCUUUAAAGGCUUGGCUCUAUCGCGACGGCUUUGCUCGCUUCUCGAGCACCCGCUUCUCCCUGAGCAUUAUAGAUGACAAGUAUGUGCAUCUCACUAAUGUGGCUGUUCAAAAAACAGCACCUGACUACGACCCUGAAAAGGGAUGUAAGUGGCAACUGCAGCAACUUCGAAGAUACCUGACUGCAAAACAUACAAGAGAAGUGGUGGAAGCUCUGUUUACAGAAAUGGACAACAUUUUUAUACGCAGUUUGCAGAGUGUACAGAAGGUUAUCAUAUGUGACAAGCAUUGCUUUGAGUUGUAUGGAUAUGACAUUCUGCUGGAUCAGAACCUCAAACCCUGGUUAAUUGAAGUGAACGCCUCUCCAUCACACAUGCCCAGUAGUCAAGAGGAUUUUGAGAUGAAGUGCCGACUUCUGGAUGACACUCUGAAUGUUGUUGACAUGGAGGGGAGGCUCACUGGGAAGGAGAAGAGAGUAGGAGGCUAUGACCUCAUGUGGAACAAUGGGCCUGUCUACAGAGAGGACAUCAAUGCAGACACGCGUGGAAGUUCAUUUGUUACAGUCAACACACAUUUAGGGUGUCUCAAUGACAGGGAGAAGCAACUUUGUCAGCAGCAACUUCUGAAACCAUUUCCAGGGCAGAAGCGGCCAUGAGCGCAGAUUUAAGUUUUCUAUCCCGUCACUAUGGUGUAUGACUUCACUUUAUCUUUG